GUAAUGAACCCUAAAAUCCACAUGGAAUUAACCCAAUAAAAAAAUCCCUAAUUGAUUCGCUUAUAUUAUGAUUUUCUUCCAACAUUUCAAUAGCUGAAAGCCUUGGUUUUGAAGCAGAGAAGAGCAAAAAAAGCUUUUUCAAGCUCUUUUCCUUUUCCCUUCUAAAGGGGGAGAAAGUUGGAAACAAAGAGCCUAAGCUUAUAAUUUGAUGGACACGGGAGGGAAUUCAUUACCGUCGGGACCCGACGGCGUGAAGAGGAAAGUGUCGUAUUUUUACGAUCCGGAGGUCGGCAAUUACUAUUACGGCCAAGGUCAUCCUAUGAAACCUCAUAGAAUCCGAAUGACGCAUGCCCUUUUAGCACACUAUGGAUUGCUUCAAAAUAUGCAAGUUUACAAGCCAUUACCUGCUCGAGAAAGAGACCUUUGCCGUUUCCAUGCCGAUGAUUAUGUGAAUUUUCUUCGCAGUAUAACGCCGGAAACACAGCAAGAUCAGCUCCGGCAGCUUAAGCGGUUUAAUGUCGGUGAGGAUUGUCCGGUUUUUGAUGGCCUUUUCUCGUUUUGUCAAACGUAUGCAGGUGGAUCUGUUGGUGGUGCUGUUAAAUUAAACCAUAAUAUUUGUGAUAUUGCGAUUAAUUGGGCUGGUGGCUUGCAUCAUGCGAAGAAAUGUGAAGCUUCUGGGUUUUGUUAUGUUAAUGAUAUUGUUCUUGCUAUAUUGGAACUUCUUAAGCAGCAUCAGCGUGUUCUAUAUGUUGAUAUCGAUAUCCACCAUGGAGACGGUGUGGAGGAGGCAUUUUAUACAAGUGACAGGGUCAUGACUGUUUCUUUUCAUAAAUUUGGCGAUUAUUUCCCUGGCACGGGGGAUAUACGUGAUAUUGGAUAUUCAAAAGGGAAAUACUAUUCCCUUAAUGUUCCUUUGGAUGAUGGGAUCGAUGACGAGAGUUACCAUUUCUUGUUUAAGCCAAUUAUUGGUAAAGUUAUGGAAGUUUUUAAGCCUGGUGCAGUUGUCCUUCAAUGUGGUGCUGACUCCUUAUCUGGAGAUCGGUUGGGGUGUUUCAAUCUUUCGAUCAAGGGUCAUGCUGAAUGUGUUAAAUUUAUGAGAUCUUUCAAUGUUCCAUUGUUACUAUUAGGUGGUGGUGGUUAUACCAUUCGGAAUGUUGCUCGUUGUUGGUGCUAUGAGACUGGAGUUGCACUCGGAACGGAAGUUGAUGAUCAGCUGCCUCAACAUGAAUAUUAUGAAUAUUUCGGUCCGGAUUAUACACUUCAUGUUGCCCCUAGUAACAUGGAAAACAAGAACACACGCCAAUUACUUGAAGAAAUACGUAAUAAUCUACUCGACAAUCUCUCAAAGCUUCAGCAUGCACCAAGUGUCCAAUUUCAAGAAAGACCACCUGACACUGAGCUUCCCGAGGCCGAUGAAGAUCAAGAUGAUGCAGAUGAAAGAUGGGACCCGGAUUCAGACAUGGAGGUUGAUGAGAAGCGGCCAAUCCCUAGCAGAGUAAAGAGAGAAGCAAUUGAACCCGAGAGAAAAGAUUCGGAGGCUCCGAAAGGCACUGCGGAGCAAGCUAGAGGUUUCGACAACAUGGCAACAAAUGAGACCCUAAGUACAAAGUCUGUAGAUGUCAGGCCUAUGGCUAUCGAUGAACCAACUGUGAAAGUUGAGCAAGAAACAUCGAACAAAGCAUCUGAUCCAAUAUACCCGAAGUCUUAAAUGGAAACCUUUCAAAUAGGUACUGGAUGUAACUUGCAGGUAUUAGCAACACUGUAACAUUAUAGCCCCCCCUUUGUUUGUUGUUCAGUGUAAUCUGUAGAAGCCAUGAAAAACCUAGCUUUCCUUUUAAGUUUUUAUUUGAAGGUAAUCCUGUAUUUUAUUUGAUACUAUAUUUAAUAUUUGCAACAAAUUUAUAUGAACAUGCUAUUAGAAUCUGCUCCAUUUAUAUAUAAGUUCUGUUAUUUUA